GAUGUCGUCAAGCCAAGUCACCAAGAAGCCACAGGGUCGACUCGCAAAAGCGUUGGCAACGGUACAGCAGAAAGCAGCCGUCUUGGCGGAUUCAAUUAUCUUCAAUGUGUUUUUCGCAUUUGUUAUCUUCUCCAAUUCCGUGUUUCUUGGGAUGCAGCUUGAGUGGAGUGCUCUCAAAGUGGACAAGUUUGUGGAGCCAGCUUUCCUAGUUGCACACCUGAUCUACGCUGUAUUGUUCACAGUGGAGAUGAGCAUCCGGGUUACUGCUGCUGGCCCCAGUGCUUACUUCUUCGGCCAAAGCUGGGCAUGGAAUUGGCUGGAUGUGGUGGUGGUCAUCCCUGCGUGGGUCGAGCUUGCAAUGGACUUUGCAAUGCGAGGGGGCACCGAAGGUACGGGAACCAGCAACUUCCGUAUCAUCCGCGUCUUCAAGAUCACCAGGCUUCUCCAAGUGGUUCGGUCAUUGAGAAUUGUCCGCUUCAUAGGGGCGCUACGUGCACUUGUGAUGUCAGUGAUAGACACCACUCGUCAGCUUAUUUGGGCGUUGGUUUUGCUGACUCUGGUAAUCUACAGCUUUGGCAUACUUUUCACAGAUGCUAGCCAAGAUCACAUGUUCAGAAAUGGGCCUGAUGCCGCCAUGGAUGAGCACUUUGGCAGUGUUUAUGCAUCUUGCACUACGUUGUUCCGUUCAAUCUUGGCCGGCAUGGACUGGAACGUCGCGGCCGAUGCGUUGACACCUCUUGGCCAGCUUUGGGUGCAGCUGUUCAACCUCUACAUUGCCUUCUGUGGCUUUGCAGUGCUAAAUGUGAUGACGGGAGUCUUCGUGAACAGUGCCAUAAAGACCAGGGAGAAGGACCACGAGACCAUGCUGCAAAACACCCAGCGUUUCAAAGAUCUGGUGAGCAAAGUGUGGAAGAAGAUCGAUGUCAGUGGCCUCGGCCAGUUGACCAUUUCGGAGUUCGAAGGCAUCUUCAAGGAUGAGGAUAUGAUGGCUUUCUUUGAUGCCAUCGAAAUCAAUGCUGUGGACGCCUGGACUCUUUUUGAUAGCCUCGAUGCUGACCGUGACCAUUUGGUGAGCUAUGAAGAGUUCUCGCAGAGAUGUCGGCAGUUGCAUGGGCCUGCUAGGUCGGUUGACCUCUACGCGCUGAAGUCCCAGCAGGACAAGAUGCGGGACCAGCUGAAGAGUUUGGAGGCUAUCCAGGAAACCAGUGCUGCCCAUCUCAACAUGCUGCUGCAGAUGACUGCAGGGAGUUCUAAGAUCAACCUCGACCCUGCGUCGGCGGUUUGGGGCGUGUGA